GUUUGUCUACUUUUCCCAUCGUUUUCAAUAUCUAUUUUCCAACUUUUUGGUCUUAAUACCUCUUUUCAUAAGUAUAUUCAAUCUUUUCAGUCUUAUUUUCUCAAAUUUGGUAUAAUCAUCGUUUGAAUUCGGUGAUGUUGAGAUGAUUUUUUCACAGAAUACCACCCGUGAAGAUUUCAUCUUAAAUGAAACCCACCGAAGUCUUUUUAUUGAUGAUGCAUCUUAUAUACCAUUUUACAAUGAAAAUUUAGGUCAAUCUUCUCUUAACGGAUUGUAUCUUCCACCAGAUCUGAUUGAUAUUUCUAAUCAUCAUCAACUAAACCAUAUACCAUCGACCCCACCACAAACUCAAGAUUCUUUCAAUCAAAAUUUACUUAACACCCAAAAUCAUCUGGUUUUCAACUCUCCCUCGUAUGGAAUUCCAUCAGAUUAUUCAUUCCUGAAUAUCGAUACUUACGAGGAAUCUAUGAAUAACAUAACCAACAACAACAAUAUCUCUGCAAAUCCUAAGGGUAUAUUUGAAAAUAUAUAUGAUUUGCAGGGACGUACUUUAUGGGAUGAAAAUGUACACAAUGUUGAGUUUACUAAGAGUGUUUGUGUGCCAGCUCUUGAUCAAAUGAUGGGUGAACCUCAGUCAUUUGAUAUGCCAGUGCCAGAGGAUAUCAAAAACACAACCAGUGAUAUCAUGAAUCAGGGUGAAGGUCAAAAGAUGGUAAGAACUCAUCAAAAAAAGAAUAAAAAAAUAGUGGAGACAAGCAAUCAUUCGAAGGAAACUAACAUCAUCAAAGGAAAAUGGGCAAAAUCUGAAGAUAUGAAAUUGAACCAAAUGGUGGAGCAAUAUGACGGCAUCGUCAAAUGGACAUCAAUUGCAAAAAAUCUCAAAGGACGAACAGGAAAACAAUGCAGAGAGAGGUGGCACAACCAUCUUCGUCCUGGCAUUAAGAAAACUGCUUGGACUGAAGAAGAAAAUCAAAUAUUGGUUGCAGUACACAAGGUAGUUGGUACCAAGUGGUACAGUAUCUCACAACACCUCCCAGGAAGGACGGAAAACAAUAUUAAGAACCGCUGGAACGCUACAAAGCGUCGGGUGCAAAAUCAAAGUGGUGAAAACUCCAACCUUGCUGAUAAUAAUGUCCUCGAAAAUUAUAUAAGGUAUGUCACAAUCAAUAACGAUAAUCUUUCCAAGACCACCGAGGAUGUGAAUUUGAACAUGGAUGUUGGCACACAGACCAACGAACCAUUAGUCAAUGCAUCUACAACAUCAUAUUAUGUUCCAAUGCCAGAAAAUUUUACAUGGGAGAAUUAUAUUACAGAGUUUUGAAAAUCAAUAAAUUACAUUCAGGAGGAUCUCAUGUAAUGUUUGGACUAAUAUCCGAUGAAGGAAAUUUCUUUGAUCAAGAUUAUUUCUCAAUAUCAUAUGAGUUAAUAUAUC